AUGCUGUAGGAAUCAAAAUAAAACAGAGUGUGUGUUCCAAUAUAAAGUGCCAUGCAAGAAUAAAUCUAAUAUGUAAAAGUAUUGUAAUAAAAAAGGUUACUUGCGGAGCUGAAAGUACAUUUUGUAUUACAAUACAAAGAAAAGUGUUUAUGUGGGGAUAAGGAAUACAAAUUCCAUAGUAAUUAGAUUUGCAGGAUAUUGAAUAGAUAGCAGCUUCAAAAGAACAUUGGUUUGCAUGGUCAGAUACAUAGGUUUUUGGAUGGUAAGUGUAUGAUAAUUUAAAAUAUUAGUGGUUCAAACAAAUAAGGAAAAUUAGGUAUGAAUAAUUCUGUAACUACUCCUACAUUGUUUGAUAUUUUCAGUGAAGCUUCAUAAUAUGGAUGGUAACUUUAAAAGAUAGCAGUUGGAUUGGAUCAUAGUGUAGCAUUAAUUGAAGUUGAGGAUGAAAACAAGAUUUUCGUUUGGGGUUCCAAUACUUAUUAAUAAUUGGGUUUCGAUGCCUCAGAAUAAUUUGUUGCUAUUCCUCAUCAAUUAGAUUUAGAUAAUCUUCCUCGAAUUGUAGAUAUUUAUGCAUAACAUAAUUAUACAAUGGCAAUAGAUGAAGAAGGUCGUCUAUUUUCAUGGGGUAGCAAUGAAUUUGGUCGUUUAGGAUAAAAUGCAUUUGCCAAAUGUAUGAAAUUACCAUCUCCAAUAACAUCAUUUGGCAAUAUUAAAAUAGCAAAAUUAGCCUUGGGAACAUUUCAUGUAUUGGCAAUUGAUACUCAAGGAAAUCUAUAUUCAUGGGGUCGUGGAUUAUAAGGAUAAUUAGGACAUGGGAAUUCGAAUGAUUGUAGUAAACCAAAUUAAAUCAAUUCUUUGUAAUCAAUUAGAGAUGUAGCUUGUGGAGAAGCUCAUAGUAUAGCAUUAUAAACUAAUGGUUAAAUUUAUGUAUUUGGAUCUGGAUAAUUUGGAUAAUUGGGAUUGGGAGAUUAUAAAUAAUAAGAUACACCAUAGAUAUUAUAGAUUAAUGGAGAAAUGAUAGCUUGUGGAAGACAUCAUUCAGCUGUACUGUCUAAAAAUGGGGCAUUGUAUAUGUUUGGAAACAAUGAAUAAUAUUAAUUGGGUUUAGAAUGUGGAAAGAGUGGUGCCUAUUCGACUCCUUUGCCCAAAUAAAGUCCUAUGAAUGUAUUACAGCACUUAUGCAAUUUAGAUAGACCAAUUAAAUUUUUGAGUUGACUGAUGAAUUUAUGAAUAAGAUUGAGGCUAGUAGAAGUGAAGAUCUUGAAUAAGUAAGCCUAUCUAUUCAUUCUAGUUAUUGGUUGAAUAUCAAUAAAAUACAUCAUAAAUUCCAAAUACAUAAACAACUAUUUUUAUUAAGGAUUUGAUGGAGAGAGUAAUUGCACUUUUAAAGAAGAAAAAAUGA